GACGUCUAGGGAGUGAGUUUUACUGUAAAAGAGAAUGAGACAGGAGACGGAUAAGACAUUAGUACAAACCUGAGAGUGCCUCAAAAUCUGUGGGGAGGGACAGGAAGGAGAGAGGAGAAACACAUAUAUCUGUGAGUGAGGGAGAGAAGAAGAGAAGUAAAAGGUCUGCUGUGGAUCCUGCUCAGCUCAGACCUUCAUCAUGGCCGCCCUGAAGGAGAAGAGGACCUGUGGGCAGCGAUGUGAAGACUUUGGCCGUUUUGUCUGGAACUCAGAUGAAGGGAAGUUAAUGGGGAGAACGCCAGAGAAAUGGGUGUACAUCAGUCUGUAUUAUGUGGCCUUCUACGUGGUGAUGACGGCCCUCUUUUCUCUGGCCAUCUGGACCCUCAUGUACACCUUGGAUCCGUACGCCCCGGACUACCAAGACCGGUUAAAAUCGCCGGGGGUAAUGGUGUGGCCGGACACUUAUGGGGAGGAAAUUGUGGAAAUCAACUACAACACAUCAGACAAAUGCAGCUGGAUGAAGAUGACCAGGAUCCUGAAUAAAUUCCUGACGCCCUACAAUGACACCAAGCAGCUUGAAUGUAACAACUACAACUGUACGAAGGGAAAGUACUUCAUCCAGAACAGCUUCACGGCCCCGAACAAGACCAAGUGGGCCUGCCCCUUCCUGCAAAGCAUGCUGGGACCCUGUUCAGGAUUUGAGGACCCAACCUUUGGCUACAACUGCAGCAUGCCGUGUGUCAUCAUCAAGAUGAACAGGAUCAUCAGCUUCCUGCCAACUAAUAGCUCUAAGAUUCCCUUAUAUGUCAACUGCACUGUGCUGGAUGGAGAAGAAAAUGUGGCCAAAAUCGAGUAUUUUCCUGACAAUGGAAAUAUCGAUCUCUCUUACUUCCCUUACUACGGAAAACAGGCCCAGCCUACUUACGUGAACCCGCUGGUGGCCGUGCGUUUCAGCCUGGUCAAAAAGAGGGCGGCCAAGAUCCAGUGCAGAGUGGUCUCCACAAAGAUCAGCUACCAAAACUUCCACGACCCCUACGAGGGAAAAGUCGACUUCUGCAUCAAAGCAGUGAAAUGA